AUGGAUCAUUUCAACCAUACCUGGAGCCAGAGUUUCAUCCUUGCUGGUUUCACUGCCAUUGGGAACCUAUGGCCUCUUGCCUUCCUGGGGACACUGUGUAUCUAUCUCCUCACUCUUGCAGGGAACAUUUUUAUCAUCAUCCUGGUUCAGGUAGAUUCUGGACUGUCCACACCCAUGUACUUCUUUAUCAGUGUCCUCUCCUUUCUGGAGCUCUGGUACGUCAGCACCACGGUGCCCACGCUGCUACACACCUUGCUUCACGGGUGCUCACCCAUCUCAUCAACUAUGUGCUUCCUCCAGCUGUAUGUCUUCCAUUCUUUGGGCAUGACUGAGUGCUACCUGUUGGGUGUCAUGGCACUGGACCGCCACUUUGCCAUCUGCCGCCCCCUGCACUACCAUGCACUCAUGAGCAGACGGGUACAGCUGUGGCUAGCUGGGGCCCCUUGGGUGGCUGGCUUCUCAGCUGCACUUGUGCCAGUCAGUCUCACCGCCACUCUGCCCUUCUGCUUGAAAGAGGUGGCCCAUUAUUUUUGUGACCUGGCACCACUAAUGCGGUUGGCAUGUGUGCACACGGGAGGGCAUCCUUGGGUCCAUAUUGUAGUGAUUGGCAUGAUCAACACAUGCAGUCUUGUCCUUAUUUUGGGACUCUAUGGAGGCAUCUUGAAAGCUGUGCUGAAGCUGCCCUCAGCUGCCAGCCGUUCCAAGGCUUUCUCCACCUGUUCCUCCCACAUAAUUGUAGUGACACUGUUCUUUGGCUCUGCCUUCAUUGUCUAUGUGGGACCACCUGGGAUCCGAGCUGAGGGCAAAGGCAAGCUUAUUGCCUUAGUUUAUUCUUUUCUUACCCCUUUUCUCAACCCCAUCAUUUAUACUCUUCGUAACCAAGAGGUGAAGGAGGCUAUCAGGAGGAUCACCCAGAGGAUUAGGGCUGUGUGA